AUGGCGACCGAUGACACCGCCCUCGCGACGGCCAUCGCGUCGUUGGCCCUAGCGCUACCCGUGCUCCUCGCUGGCUGCCGCUAUUCCCGCUACACAAGUGUCGUCUCUGGCUUUCUUCUCGGUGGUGUCGUUGCAACAACGCUGGGCGCGCCGCUUGGUGUAGCGCUUGGCCUCGGUCUCGCCAUCGCGGUCGGCGGCGGCCUUCGCGAGCGCUUUGGCGCCUUCUGCACCGUGGCCGUCGCUGCGUUCAUACUCGUCAGCUUUUUCGGGGGCCUUCUCGGCCUUGGCGCUGUCGCAGCGCCAAUCGUGGCGGGCGUCGCAGCGGUUGGGCUCGGCGUUGCGUCUGGCGACGCACGGGACGGUCGACUCUUGGCCUUCACCGGCGCGGUGGUUGCGUCCAGUGGCGUCUUAGUCCUCACGGCUCAGUCGCUUGCAGGACUCUACUACGCGUCAGCGAUUGUCUUUGGCGUCUUCUUUGUCGUUGGACUUGGAGCCCAAAUCAAGUGCACAGCGCCGCCCGAUGGCCUCCGCACUCUCCGGACGGUGCCCCUGCUGCCCACAUCGACCAACGCAGCCACGCUCGGCACCGCUCUCGCGAUUAUCGUGCUCGUGCUCGCACUGCCGAUCACCUUUGUCGGCUACAAGUUUCAAGUGUUGACCGGUGCAAUCUCCAGCUUCCUCCUCGGCGCCGCCUGGAGUCUGCUCGUCCUUCGCACCGCCAGCGACCUACUGAGCACGAUCGUCGCGCUCGCCAUCGGUGUCCUUGCCGCCGGUGUCGCCGCGCGGUUCCCUGCCGCCGGCCGCUUUGGCACCGUCGCGCUUGCGGCAUUCACCGUCGCAACGGCCGUCGUCGCCGACGUCUACACCUACUACGCGCUGCUCGUCGCUGUCGUUUCAGUCGCUACGAUCGUCGUCGCGUAUCUGAGCUACAACUCGCGCACGGCGCUGAUUCUCUCGUCGGCGUUCGCAGGGGCUUGGCUCCUCGCGGGUGCUAUCGCGACCUUGACAUCGACCAGUUACCGCACUUUUGACCGCGACGAGCUGUCUUUUGGCUCGGGCGGCUACGGCACCGUGACCAUAAUCACGCUCGCGGUCGCCUUCCUCGGUGGUCUCUUGGUGCAGCUGCGCUUCACAGCGCCCGUCGACGCCACAUCGCCGACGACAACACCGGAGAACGAGGUGCCAUUCACGGCCGUCUAAUCAGCGUCGUAUCGUAAUAUAGUCUUGUAUAGUUAUAUAGUCUUUUUGUUUUGUUGCACAA